AUGGAGGGCAGAAAGUUUUUCUUGCUCGCUGCAGCAUGCCUGCUAAUACUUACACUAAGUACGGUUAUUGCCCAAGGUGACGCCGAAGAAGUCGAAGUGCCUAAGAACGAGGCUUGGCUGAAAGAAGUCGAUCUGGCCCAAGUACCCGACGUUGCCAUCCGCCCCAUUGGCUCCGGUAUUUGCGAGAACGUCGAUUGUGAUGGACCCGAAAACGAUCGAUGCUUUGAGACAUGCGGCAACACACCCACCCCAGCCGAUAUUUAUGGCUGUCCGCGCGAUCACGUUUGGGCGUUGACAUUUGACGAUGGACCCAGUGAAUACACUGGACAGCUGCUCGAUAUCUUGGACAAGCAUGAUAUCAAGGCCACAUUCUGCGUCAUGGGAUCCCACGUUGAGAAAUACCCCGAAGUGGUUAAGCGCGCCUAUGAAGCAGGUCACCAAAUUGCUUCGCACACAUACUCGCAUCCACACUUGAUGAGCUUGACGAACGACGAAAUCAUUUACGAAAUGAAGGCAACCGAGAAGGCCAUCAAGGAUGCCAUUGGUAUCAAGCCCAAGUAUGCUCGUCCUCCUUUCGGCGAAGCUGAUGGUCGUGUCAAGGCACUUUUAAAUUCUAUGGGCUACAAGGUUUUGCUAUGGAAUGUUGAUCCUACGGAUUACGAUGUGUAUAUGCGCGCGGAUGCUUCCAAGAAAAUACGUGGUGCCUUCAAGAGUGCAGCAGCCGGCAUUGACACUGGAUUGAACCCCCAUGAGGACCCUGGAUAUAUCAGCCUGCAACACGAUUUGUACAACCAAUCCAUUGCGCAAGUGCCCCAUAUCAUCAACUAUCUGACCCAACGCGGUUAUCAGUUCUCAACAGCUGCAGAAUGCCUUGGCGAUGAAGAGCCGCAUGACUCAUUAAAUGAUCCUAUUGAGGCACAGAACGUUCAAAACGCAACGCUUUCCUCCUCUGCUGCUGCUGCUGGCAGCUCCCUUGCAUCCUCUUCAAGCCUCGCCUCUUCAUCAUCUGCACCGAGCAGUAGCGAUCCUUUACCACAGCAAAGGCAAAAACAACACACGCCUCACGUAUCAGGCGCUUCCUCAAAUACGGACGCAAACGCGCUGGCCGGGCUCUUCAUGUCAAUUCUUGCAACACUUAUCUUUGCACCCUUUGCUUUAUAA